CAGUGUAUUGACUCCAAUAAAAAACCACCUAUUCAUGAUAAAAAAAAAUUAAGAACCACAAAAAAGAAUUGGUUUAAAGAGAGUAGAAUGAUUAGAAAAAGCAUAUUUUUUUCAUUAACAAAACAAAUAUGAAAUUGAGACUUGCGACUUGCGAGAGACAUGAACAAAAGAAUUUGAAUUGUGAGAAAAACAAACGAAGGCAGGGAUGAUCACUCAGAAUUAGACUGUGAAAUUGGAGAUGAUAAUUUUUUUAUUUUAUUUUAGUAAAUCAAUUUUCUCCUUCAUUUUAUUUUAAGGGACACAAAGGAGAGAAUGGCGAGUAAACAACCACCCCAUCCUCUGCCAUUUGUGCAUAUAUUAUUUUGAAUCCGCUAAAGGCGUUACCAUUAUGCUCAAUCCCACCAAUUUUUCUCUCAAAUGAUGUAAUCAUGUAGAAUCAUGAAUGAUUAUUGCAUCAUCUCCCUCUGCGAAUUCAAUCACCUGUUCUUCGUUUAAAAUCAUCGACGUCAACAAAGUCACACUGAUUUCCCACGACGCAUGAAGGCAAAAAGCGAAGAAGAAGAAGAAGAAGACGAAGCAAAUUUAAAGAAAUGCUUCAUAGAGUGCAUCCCAUUUUUUCUCCCUCCCCACAUUUUCGCUAUGGAAUUUUCCGAGAAAGACCUUGAUUGCGCCCGGUUGUCAGAAUGUAACUCAAAGAAUGCCGAAGCUAACUGCGAAGAAAACCUUCAUGAGGCUGAGAUUCUGACCAAGUGGGGAGUAGCUUUACUUGAGUUGUCGCAGUGCCAAAGUCCCAGUGAAUCCAAGAGGAUGAUUAAUGAUGCCAUCUCAAAUCUGGAGGAAGCUUUACUGAUUUGUCCCACGAAGCAUGAUACUCUUUGGUACCUGGGAAAUGCCCACAAAUCUUAUGCGUUUCUAACUCCUGAUCUUCAUGAGGCAAAUAAUUAUUUUGACAAGGCAUACAAGUGUUUUAAAAAAGCCGUAGAAGAGGAUCCUGAGAACGAGCUAUAUAAGAAGUCCUUGGAAAUUACCAUUAAGGCCACAGAAUUGCACAUGAAGGUCUACAAAAAUGGGUUUGAUCAGGAGCAGAGUGGUCAAUCAUCAGCUACUCUUAACAGGAAGGAAUCCAAAAAACAGGAGACUAGUGAUAGUGACCUUAAAUAUGACAUCUUUGGUUGGAUUAUUCUUGCAAUGUAUAUGGCAGCAGGGGUUAAAAUGGCUAGAUUUCACAUCUCUUCGCUACCUCCUAGAUAAGCAUUUUUAUGUUUUUUUGGGGGGAACAAAACUUGGAAGUGGCCUGUUAGGUAAUACGUGUAGCUAUUUGCAGUUUUGCGCCUUCUAGUUCAAUUAGAAAGCUUAUUUCGUUGAAUGUGGAAGGGUCAAGUUGACGAAUUGGCAAUUAAAUGUGAUUUUUGCAAAAGAAAUGACUAUAAUUAUAGUCAUGUAAGUGAUUCUACAUAUAAGGUUAUUCGCCGUUGUUGUAUAAUCAUUUGCAAAUAUAAUUACUUGAUAUUUUUUUCAAAUAGAUCAAAUACAAACAUUCA